UAUCUUUGGUAGCAGUCAGUAGAUACAUUAUUAGUUAGGUCUGCAGUAGAAAAUUGUAAGUUUUUAUGAGCACGAGGCCUGAAAAAAUUGUAGCUGAAACCAGUCAGAGUAAGUAUUGGAGCGGCUCAUCUACAGUGAGAAAUGUCCAGCGACAAACAAAGUGACAGCGAAUCCAGCGAUGACUGUUUCGUCCCUGGAUCUCUGAAGAGAGAAGCUUCUAAGGACAUUUGGAAAUUAAAAAAUGUACAGGAACGAAAAGGAAAUAAAUUGACUCCCAUAACGAAUUGUUCCCAGCCACUAGAAGACCUUUAUUUGCAAUCUCACGAAACCUCUACUGCCGCUAAAACACCUAAUCUAAUCUUCAUGCCACAAAUCAGCGAGCAAACCGCAACUCCUUCGGCUGCGCAUUCGAAUUUCGCACCAAAAAGAGACCACAAGGGCCAAAUAAAGAGACAGGGGCCAAGGAUAUUAUUAGACAAAUAUGCUAUGUCAAAAAGUGCUGCAGUGAUCCUGCCCCAAGUGACUGGCGGGGUUAGUUUCUCGUUUUCGAAAAAUUGCACUGAGAAUUCAGUGACGUGUGUAGUAUCAAUCGAUAAACAGGUUAUAACGGCUAAACAAGGAAAGACAGAUGCCGAAGCCCAAGAUAACGCAUCUGAGGAUGCUCUGAGGCUAAUACUUAUACGUAAAUUAUAUUCAGAGUCGGGAUCAAUUCCUUGGAUGAUUUAUGGUGAUUUCGCUAAAUACAAAAUGUUGAGAGACUGGGGUCUCGUAGGUAUUCAACAACCUAUUCCACUAGAAGUUCCCAGUCAACGAAAAACGGCUAGAAAAAGUUUUCCUCGAAAAUCGUCGUUCGAUAGUAUUUAAAGCUCAGAGUAUAUUUCAGUAAGUAACUAACAAUGUUAUUUAUUUUUUAUGAAAAUCGUCCCUUAGGAAAGAGCAAUUUUCUUUUAUUUUCUAUCGCUUUAUUUAGCCAAGUUUAAAAAUGAUAAAAAGUCGUACGUUCCAAUGCUGAUUAUUUUUUAUAAGUUUAACUAUGUUCUUCCGUAUAAGAAACAUUGAACUAUUUUUAAAUUUUGAGUAGGAAUAAAAUUAUCUUACUUGCACCAUUGAGUUUCUGCUUGAAUUUUUCUAUGUGAAACAAUGAUUAAUCGAAAUUAAUCAUAUGUAUUACGAAAGUAUUAUAUUUGUUUAUGAGAAAGAUGGUAGUUUGUACUGUUGUUAGGAUUCUGGAAUAUUACGUGACUCGUUAUUUAAAGAAAAUUUAUCAGUCUAUUAUACUUUUGUAACAUUGAUAAGAAAAAUAAGUAAAUUUGUUAUCAACAGAAA